ACCAUACUUUUUAAACCAGCCAAAUUAUGUAACCUGCAGCUGAACUGAAAUCAGCAGGGUUAAAAUAUCACAAGCAGCUGUUUUUUAGACACCUCCAGUUUUUCUGCUUUCGUUUUUUAAUUCUUACAUGCUUAAGAAAUGCGAAUUAAGAGCGAAAUGUUUACAACACAAUAGUCGGUUCUGAAAGCCACAAGUUCACUUUGUUUUGAUGUUUCAAACGUCACAACACCAGAGAUGCGCUUGACCUUAGUUUGCCUAAUGAAGCCUGUUCUUCAUGGAUACUUCAGAAGCUCCUGCUCAUGGAGGGUCCGGAUUGCUUUUGCUCUUAAGGGCAUUGAAUAUGACCAGGUUGCAGUCAAUCUAAUCAAAGAUGGAGGUCAGCAGCUUACAGAGCAAUACAAAACACUGAACCCCAUGCAGCAAGUUCCUGCAGUGGAAAUUGAUGGCGUCACUCUGUCUCAGUCGCUUGCAGUGAUCCAGUACAUUGAUGAGACCAGACCAGGACCUCGUCUUCUUCCUGCAGACCCGAAGGCCCGUGCCCAGGUUCGCAUGAUUAGUGACCUCAUCGCCUCUGGGAUACAGCCUCUUCAGAAUUUAUCCGUACUGCAGAAGAUCGGAGCAGAAAAGUUACCGUGGGCGCAACAUUUCAUCAACCGUGGUUUUCAAGCUUUAGAACCAAUUCUGAAGCAAACUGCAGGGAAAUACUGUGUAGGCAAUGAGAUUUCCAUGGCAGAUAUUUGUUUAGUCCCACAAGUCUACAAUGCAGAGAGGUUUAAAGUGGAUGUAGGCCAGUAUCCAACCAUCAAAAGGCUGAAUGAGACUUUGGCUGAGAUUGAAGCUUUCAAUCUGAGCCAUCCAUCUCGCCAACCAGACACACCUGCUGAUCUUCAAGCAUGAAAUGAUGACAGUGUGGCAUUGUUAAAUAAAGUACUUUAAACAAG